CCCCAUGCUAAACCUGACGUAAUUGUUACAGGGGGAACAACAAACGUGGAGAGUGAAGAUGUCAACUCCAGCAAGACGGCGUUUAAUGAGAGAUUUUAAACGGCUUCAAGAGGACCCUCCUGCUGGAGUUAGUGGAGCCCCUUCUGAAAACAAUAUCAUGGUGUGGAAUGCCGUAAUUUUUGGCCCAGAGGGAACCCCUUUUGAAGAUGGGACUUUCAAACUCACAAUAGAAUUCACAGAGGAAUACCCUAACAAGCCUCCAACAGUGCGUUUUGUCUCUAAAAUGUUUCAUCCAAACGUCUAUGCAGAUGGUAGUAUAUGCUUGGACAUUCUUCAAAACCGCUGGAGUCCGACAUACGAUGUUUCUUCAAUCCUAACUUCAAUACAGUCUUUACUGGAUGAGCCGAAUCCGAACAGCCCAGCCAACAGCCAGGCAGCUCAGCUGUACCAGGAGAACAAGCGGGAGUAUGAGAAGAGGGUGUCUGCCAUCGUGGAACAGAGUUGGCGUGAUUGUUGACCCCCUCACCAUUCACAAAGAAUGAACAAUAUCCAGCCUCAAGUCGAAACAAAAACACAGAAGACUAAUAUCUCAUAAAGGAAAUGAAAUGCACAUCAUAGUUUAAAUCUUUCUCUGCAUUAUGUGUGUCUGUUGUGAGGUUUGUAUGUAUGUUCAUUUGUAGUUACUUUUGUAUCUUGUCAUUUUAGUGGUUUUAAGUCCUCUACAGUGUGAUUUGCUGUGGGGAUCAACAUUUUUUCUUUUUUUCUAUUCUUUGAAUGUUUGGUUUCUAGCUUCUCUCACCCUUGCCUUUUUGAAACUUUAGUAUGAUAUUAACUAAGAAACAAUAUGAUGAACACCUGUCAUGGACUUCUAUUCCCAACCAAUGUCAAUCUCAAUAUCCUAUCCUUUUUUUUAAUGCACAAACCGUGUUCUUGUUGGGGCUUUGUGCCAAAUGGCGCUUUCAUCAAUGAAUGAUAUGCAUCAGGAAUCAAGUGUUUCAGAAAGGAACGUACUUGGUGCACUUUCAAAAGUCCUGUAACUGUUGCAACAAAAAGAAAAAAGCUAUAAGUAACUAUGUUUCCAUGGACAGUUUUUAUGCAAGUAAAAUAAUGUGUGUAUAUGUGUGUGAAUAUAAAAAUCAUGACAGCUGUGAUUAGAAAAAGGGUGUUUCAGUGUACUUUUAUAAAUGCCAGAUCAUUUGUUCGUUUGACAUGGUGUGAUCUUUUUGUCGGUAAAAUGAAUUAUGUGGGAAAUGGCAGUGGCAAUGCCUUUGUGUAAAUAUUGAUAUAACCGUUAUGUCAAAGUACAUUUGGAGUCGUGGUGAUAUGUGUGUGAUAUUCCCACUACAACUCGGUUUAUGCAGAUUAUUAGGCUGCAGUUAAAAUAAAUUCUGAUGAACUUCACAGGGGGUGAAAGUACAUGUGAUGAGCUUAAUGCUGCUUUCCAAUAAAUAUUGAGGGUCUUAUUCUGGUGA